GUUUUCCACCUGUCCGCGAAUAUGCAUCUCUCCGUUCGACGUCAGACAGAUCCACCGCAAAACACGAAGUACGAAGAAGAUAUUGAUUACGUGACGAAACACAACAAAUGGGUUUUGAAUUCCAUCGGGAUGUGGCCCGUUGUGGCAGAAGGCAUCGACAAAUUUUUACCAAAAAUCAUAAUCGGAUUCAGUAAUUUGGUAUCGCUUUUUACGGUUGUGCAGUGUAUACUACACAUUAUAUUAGAGGAAAAAGAUGCUUUAUUACGACUGAGGCUCUUGGGAUUGGCUUGCUUUGCUUCAAUCAACCUGUUGAAGUAUUGGGCUGUUAUAGUGCGCAAACCGAACAUCGAAUACUGUAUCAAACAGGUGCAGACAGAUUGGAAACAGGUAGAGUUUCAAAAAAAUCGCAUGCUGAUGCUAAAAUACGGAAAGAUCGGCAGAGAUCUGACCAUAUAUAGUGCCGUGUUCAUGUAUAGUGCUGGCAUAUGCUACGUUACGAUCAUGCAGUAUGCAAUGGGAAUGAGCCUAAAGGCAAAUAAUCGUACGAUCAGAGUGUUAGUGUACCCUACGUAUAGUGGAUUUUUCGAUGCUCAGAAAAGCCCCAUUUACGAAAUCGUGUACGUUCUCCAAUGUAUGUGCACAUUUGUGUUCAACUCUGUGACAGUUGGGUGUUGUGGAUUAGCCGCACUUUUUGUAACACAUGCCUGUGGACAGAUUGAUGUCGUCAUAUCUCAAUUAAAUGAUCUGGUUGAAGGAAAAUUCGCCAAGAAAAAUUCUGAUCCGAACACUCGACUGAUGGAAAUCGUAAAACAUCACAUAAGAAUUUUAAAAUUUUCUGCGGUGAUUGAGACGGUUCUGCAAGAGGUGUGUUUUUUCGAAUUCGUUGGUUCCACGUUUGUAAUAUGCUUGCUCGAAUACUACUGUAUAACGGUACGUUCUUGUUGUUGCUGGUUUGUAUUUCUAAAGUUUAUGGUAUUUUUAUGUCUUUAGUAGGAUUGGCAACAAAAUAAUAAAAUUGGUUUGACAACGUACUCGAUGCUACUAGUAUCCUUGACGUUCAACAUGUUCUUGUUAUGCUACAUUGGCAAUCUUCUAAUAGAAAAGAGUACUAGCGUCGGAAUAUCCUGCUACAUGAUAGACUGGUAUCGCUUACCAGUCAAGACAGUUCAAGAUCUCAUCUUAAUCAUUGCCAUGUCGAAUAGUCCGGCGAAAAUUAGCGCCGGUAGGAUAUUUCUCUUAUCCUUAACCACUUUCGGAAAUGUUCUAAAAACGUCAUUCGCGUACUUAAAUUUCGUCCGGAAUACCAUUAUGUACUAAUUUCACAAUUAUUCUGUUAUUUUCUUGUAUUCAGUUGUAGAAUAUUGAAUAAAGAAAUAUACUGUAAAAACAUAUACAGUAUUAAAAUAUACAUUAUUAGACAGUUAAAAAUCUGCAUUAGAUCAAGUAGUAAAUAUUGUAAUUUAUAUUACGUC